GUGCAACGCCUUCUGCGCUUUUAACAAGGAUGUAAUGGCGUUCACUGCAUGACAUUGUCUGUGUGUCAGCUAUUUAUGGUGAAGUUGGACAUAUGUGGCUCAUCUGGUAAUACAUUCAGAGACCUAAACCACAACAGCAUGUGGACGAAGUGGCACGCAUCACACUCUCUGCUGAUAUGGAUAACGCUGCAAGUUCUAUGUACAGCUGUCUCUGGCCUGAGACACAAGACUGCCUGUUACAAUUUCCUGUUGAUGGUCGAUCCUCCGUGUGCCACUACAGAGAUGCUUCUUCCUACCAUGUUUACACUCGGGGUGUCUUCUGACGUCACAUGUCACAGUGAAAUAACUGGAACCAGCUUAAGACAGAAGGGUCCAGACGAAAUCAGACGUUGCUGUCAACAGCGUGAGAAUGAUACCGUGACAGAUUACUGCCUCCCUGCCAUGAAGAACCAACUCCCGGGUCACAACUACCUGGACUUUGUGAACACGUGCACUGCCGCUACAAAAUGUCAGCUGUCAACACCUGGUGGUACGGUGCAGCAUACUGAUGGUGAAGACUAUGUAACAUUCACGUUUGAAUGUGUGCACAAGGACACGGUGCUGCACAUCCAACAUGAUUCUCCACACACAGGACAGGAGGUGUACCUGUACAACGACCAACAUGACGGGAUGGCCCAUGCUAAAUGUCUAGCAUACUCUCACGAGUGUAACUCCCAUGUCAUAAUACAACUUGCUGCAACCCGAGUUGUGUCUCCCGCCUGCAGUGUGGACUUCACUGAUGGGGAUGUGUCAACCAAGGUGGACUGUAAGAACCCACCUGCAUCAAGAAACUGUUCCAGCGCAAUGUUUGAGAGCAAGUCCAACUAUGUUAACAUGUCAAUAUUCAUGACAGUCGAUCCUGGGCGUCAAGAAAAAGAAUUUCUGUGGCUGCUGGCGAAAGCGGAUACAGGUAAGAAUGUUACCGUCGUCUGUGGAGCCACCAUUCCUGCAGAUGUGUCACUGAACUGCCCAACGCCUGCAUCAAUUACUACGACAUCAACUACUUCAACUACAACUACACAAACAGUGACGUCCAAUAACGCCUCCAGCAACCACGCACAGAUAGCGGUGACAUCAUCACCUGGUCAACCACAGACACAACCUUCAAAAUCAACGGCAGCAGGGACAACGAUGCACAGCAAUGACUCUACCACGCUAUCGUUGUCCAGUGUGAACGGCUUUUCCUCCGUCAUCACUCCCCGCCAUCCCGAUCCAAACUCUCCCACAACACUCGCGCAGCAGAGUGGAGUCACAGAAACGACGUCAGAGGCCACUUCACCAAUGGAUAAAGACAUAUCAACUCCAGCUGCAACAACAGAAACUGUUCCUUCAACAUCAAGUAAAGAAGCGGUUAUCAUCGGCAGCAGUGUGGGAGGAGUCAUCAUGAUAGCAAUCAUAGUGACAAUCACGGUCUGUGUCCGACGAAAGAAAAGAAACAGUUUAGAGAAACAAAUCCAACACGUGGACACAAUGAAGAAAACCACUAGGAUGUGAACGGUCAAACGGUGCCCGGAACUCUGUAAGUGAUGGAUACGUGCCUAACCCAAUCUAUGAAGGAACUGAUGACUACAAGCUGGAGCAAUUGCACAGAAAGACUAGCAGUGACAUUAAAGAUGGCUAUGAACCAGACACGGAGUCACCUUGUGGCUUCACGCGAUCAGGACCAGAACGUUUAGGCCUCAGUCUUGACAAAACCUCCCUGGUGACGCAAGGACACCUUGACUAUUUUGACGACAUAGUUUUUAAUACAGAGCCAACUGGGGGACAUUCAGAAGCGAAGA